UCGCGGAACAACAUGGCUGCGCCCGCGCGAGGGCCGGCUCUCGGCUGCUGCACCGGGCUGCCUUGCGUCUUCUGGCUCCUGGUGCUGGCGUUCGGGGCGGCAGAGAGCGAAGAGGCCGGGGCCGGGGAAGGCACGGCGUCCCUCGCGGGCUCGUGCGGAUGCGGAUCGCCCCAGCGGCCCGGGGCCCACGGCAGCUCAGCGGCCGCCUCGCAGCUCUACUCCCGGGAGGCGAACGCCCCGGGCCUGGCCUCCGGCGCGCGACCGCUUGCACUCACCAAGAUGGUCCUCAUCCCUGCUGGAGUAUUUACAAUGGGCACCGAUGAUCCUCAGAUCAAGCAGGAUGGAGAAGCCCCUGCCAGGAGAGUCACUCUUGAUGCCUUUUACAUGGAUGCCUAUGAAGUCAGUAAUGCUGAUUUUGAGAAGUUUGUGAACUCAACUGGCUAUUUGACAGAGGCAGAGAAGUUUGGCGACUCCUUUGUCUUUGAAGGCAUGUUGAGUGAGCAAGUGAAGGCGCACAUCCACCAGGCAGUUGCAGCUGCUCCCUGGUGGUUACCUGUCAAAGGCGCUAACUGGAGGCACCCAGAGGGUCCAGACUCCAGUAUUCUGCACAGGCCAGAUCACCCAGUUCUCCAUGUCUCCUGGAAUGACGCCAUUGCCUACUGCACGUGGGCAGGCAAGAGGUUGCCCACGGAGGCAGAGUGGGAGUACAGCUGUAGAGGAGGCCUGCACAACAGCUCUGUGGAACUUGCUGCGGUCAGAAAAUUGAUUAAUAACAGCUCUUAUUCUUGCUGGCUUUUCUUCUUCCUUGUGAGGCCCUUUGGUGCCACUAGUGGGCUUUUCCCCUGGGGCAACAAGCUGAAGCCUAAAGGCCAGCACUAUGCCAACAUUUGGCAGGGCGAGUUUCCUGUGACCAACACCGGGGAGGAUGGCUUCCAAGGAACUGCGCCUGUUGAUGCCUUCCCUCCCAAUGGCUAUGGCUUGUACAACAUAGUGGGGAACGCAUGGGAGUGGACCUCAGACUGGUGGACCGUUCACCAUUCUGUUGAGGAAACACUCAACCCAAAAGGUCCUACUUCUGGUAAAGACCGAGUGAAGAAAGGUGGUUCCUACAUGUGCCAUAAGUCCUAUUGCUAUAGGUACCGCUGUGCAGCUCGAAGCCAGAACACGCCGGAUAGCUCUGCAUCCAACCUGGGAUUCCGUUGUGCAGCCGACCACCUGCCCACUGUGGACUGACAGCCAAGAAGAGCCUUUCCAGAUCCAGGACAUUGUUUCUGACUUGCAACUGGCUUCUCCCAAACUCGGAACUGAUCUUGUAUAAAGAAUUCCCACGUGAAGAGAGUUCCAUGUGUGCCCAGUGGCCAAAGCCCCGUCUUGCGUGCCCAAACUGCUGCCUGUCAGUGCUCGUGCUUUACCGUGUGGUGCGUCUCUGGGGAUCAUCGCCGUGCUUUACUUUGAGAGCCUUUGAAGAGGGAGGAGAGAGCGAGGAACCUUGAUGUGCUGCCCAGACUCUGCCACAGGGUUAGACCCCGGGGUGCAGGACUUCAUCUGCCUGGGCCUCUGUCCUGUCAUCAAAUGAAGGGAUGGACAACGCAGUCUCUGAGGCUCUCUCCAACCCACAGAUUCUAUGCGUAAUAGCAGAGUGUAUUGUGAUUGCAUAGUGAGAAUUUAUGACAGAUUAUUUUUUAGCUAUUUUUUUGCCAUGUGUGAACCUUGGGUACUACUAAUCGUAUAAGGUGAGCAUCCUCUUCUGUAUUCUUUUCAGGAAAGGGUAGGGUGUGAGUCUUUUAUAUUCCUACUGCACUUUGUUCUUUUGAGGAAAUCAGUGUCUUCUACAUUGUGUGACAAAUCCCAUGGGCCAGUGAUGGGACACUCAAGUUCAGAGUUCUGAACACACAGGAAUGUCUGUGGAGUGACUCUACUGUCCCUUAUCUGUUAACAUCAAGUGCCUUUGGCUCAGAGGGACAGUUUGAAGCCCUGUUUCCCCUUCGCCUCCAAGCCUUCAGAGAAUGUGAAAUGUGUACUAAUUAGAGAAACUGUUAAAUUCUAGGUAUAAGGGAAAAAGAACCAGGGCCUUGAACAGACCAAGUUCAGGGUACUUGGUACAUUAUACUAGAGAGAUGGGAUAUCUUGUUGACUUUGAGAUACCAGAUGCUUUGAGUCGUGCACUAUGUCAAAUAAACUGGUACCCAAGUCA